UACGGUACGAACAAGGUGGCAGCGCUGCAGUCCCGAAACAUGCGCAAAUUUUGUAAAUAAAUCUUUAAAAACUAACAAUCACUUUGAAUAAAUUGAAGACAUUAACAAUACGUAAAUAAUGGCCGGACGAGGACGUGGUGGAAAAACUGGAACCUUCACCGCCGAGCAAUUGGCUAUGCUCGGCUGUAGCAAAGAAUUACCAGUACAAUCCGCACCGCCGCCCACAUUUCCACCCGUGCUCAAUAAACCCAUCGCCCUGGACACCACAGAUGCCGAGAGCUAUCAGUUGCAGUGGAAGGAAAAGUUCCUGAAUCGCAUGCGCGACUCUCCUUAUUACGUAGUCUCGGCCAGCACCGAGAAACCCAAAACAGAGCUCAAGGAUUGGCGUGAACGGGCUCUGGAGGGAUUGAAACCCAAAAAGGAACCAGAAUUCAAUUACAGAUUUAUGCCCCGCGAGCUGAAUAUAUCGAGUCGCAAGCGUAAGGCGGCUGCCGACUCGAAACCCAAACUGGUGGCCAAAAAGAAAACCAACAUUGAGGAUAGACUGAAACUGCUGGAGCAGAAGGAACUGAAAUCCGGCGGUGAAAAUGACAACGAUGAGGCCAAGAAGGAAUCGGACUCCGAGCACGAGGACGAAAAUGAAGCGGAUCCCGAAGCGGCUCUUGAUGAUGAAAUGGAUGAAGAGAAUGACUAUGGCAAUAGCUAUUUCGAUAAUGGUGAAGCCUACAAUGAAGACGAAGACAAUCUAGACGAUGGUCCCGUCUACUAAGGAUAAUUAGCCAAUAAAAACAAAAAAAAAACAA